AACGUUACAUAAACGCGCUAAACGAACGCCUGUGCAUACACACGCCGUACAACGGGAAGAGCGUUACGUAACGCUUAUUCUGCGAAACGGGUUUCGCUUCCUUCCCCCGCACAUCUCCGACGAAAGUCAUCGACUCCGUUCGCUGUAGUUACACGUUAGUUAGCAGAAGCGAUCCGAGAAGGAGCGUCACAUGACUGCAGCAGCGCGUCCGCCGCGCCCCCACCUUCUCCAUCCUCCGCUCCGCUCCACACACGCUCAAUGUAAACACCGCUUUGUCUCGGAGCCUGUGGCCGGAGCUCUGCACUCGCCAUGCCAUGGAUAUUUUAUGGCAAUACCAGUUCAGGAUCAUUUUACUGGGGGACUCGACGGUGGGCAAGUCAUCUUUGCUCAAGAGGUUCACGGAUGGCGUAUACAGCGAUGUAGCGGACCCCACGGUGGGGGUGGAUUUCUACGCCCGUUCACUAGACAUCGAGCCCGGCGUUAAAAUCAAGCUGCAGCUAUGGGACACAGCCGGACAGGAGAGGUUCAGGUCCAUCACUACUUCCUACUAUCGCAACUCUGUGGGCGGCCUCUUGGUCUUCGACCUGACGAACAGGAAGACCUUCGAUCACGUGCGGGAAUGGCACCGAGAGGUCAGCGAGCACAUCCUCCCUCAUCACAUGGUCUACAUCCUAAUCGGCCACAAGAGCGACCUGGGCCGCGACCGCAAGGUGACUCGCGACGAGGCCGAGCAGCUGGCGGCCGAACUCGGCGUUCGUUACGUGGAGACCUCGGCCAAGUGCAACAGCAACGUGGAGCGUGCUUUCGAGCUGCUCACGCGGGACAUCUACGAGCUGAUGAAGAUGGGCGAGAUCUCCACGCGCGACGGCUGGGACGGGGUCAAGAGCGGCCUCACCGCUAAAGUCCUGUAUCCUGCCGAGGAGGAGGCGGAGCGGGAAAAGAGCUGCAACUGCUGACUCCCGCAAGCCACCUGCAGUCACUCACCUGUGUAUCAGUCGGUCUUCGCUUUCACCAACGUGUCGCAUCGUGGUCACCGCCUCGGGCCUGGACCGCUGCACUUACCUUGUUGUCGCUGUCUGAGGUCGACGGUGCAAGCCUCUCGAAGGUGUAGUAUAUUUGGGCUUCAACGGACAGGCCCUGCUUCAUAUUAUUGGAGAUCACGUUCUGAAGUUUUCAGCAAUCUUGCGGAUUUUAGAGUCUCGUCGUACUCUACAUCCUCUGGAGCUUUCUCCGUUCCCUUUAACCGUUAUUACUAUGAUACAGUUAACAUUUAGAGAGAACAUAUCGUAACUGCAAUCUUAUACACACUAAUACUUCAAAGACCCCAUAAAAUAGCUUAACUACAUGGUUUUCUCUUCUGUGUUGGCAUCCCUUGUCGAAACAUUAAGUCGGAGACAGACAAAUGGCUUGCCCUCAAAAGAAAUAUACCCAAUAGCCGUUGGUUUAUGUCAGUGCCAUGAGCCAUGCUACCUAUCGCUAGUCUCCUGGUAUUAGGAGAAGGGCAUUUGAGAGCAUAAUAUUUUCCCAGUAGCAAAAUGUGUUUUUAAUAGUUUUUAGCACUAAACAUAGCACAUAAAUUGCAUCAGUGUUCAAAAUAGUCAUGAAACGAAAGCCGCAAAAACCUUUUUAAAUAAGAUGUAAAAGUGAAAACUGGCUGGUAGACAUAAUCGAUAGGGUCAAAGGCAGGGGCCUUUCGCACAGAACGCAUUUUUAUCAUUCCAGCGCGCUGCUUUUCUGUUGUGUUUCUGUGUUAAACACGUUCUAGAUGGAUCUAGAACGCGCUCGCUUCUUUUAUAGUGUAUCGUUAAAGACUCCUUGUCAGGAUUUCAAUUUUGACACACAGCGCAGUUCAUCGACACCAGUUCCAAAACGGGGGACCAAUCAGAAGACCCCGGAGGCGGAGCAAGCGAUUUCUUAUCAAAAUCUAUUCUUCUGUUUGGCUUUUUUCUUCUAUUUGCGUUUUUUUUCUUUUUUUAAUAUUUUUAAAGUGUGCUUUUAAAGUCCAAGAUGCGUUCUGCGUGAAUGUGUUAAAGGUGGUAUUUACACAACGGUAUCGAGUGAUAAUGGAAAACCUUUUAUGCAUUUUAGCCAUUGAAUUUGGCCUUGAAACGCAUCUGAAAAAGUUGAGAUUUUGGAGACAAUGCCAUUGCUGUCUCCAUUUAAACCAGGACUGCUGACUGCCCUGCAAAGUUUAGCUCCAGCUCUAAUCGAACACACCUGAAGCGACUAAUUAAGGUCUAAGAUCGCUUGAAAAUGAAAAGCAGGUGUAUUCGAUUAGGGUUGGAGGGUAAACUAAACCUUUAAAUCAUGAAUGCAACCUAUUGGUAAAAGCCACCUUGCCCAUGGAUGAAAGACAUUUUAUAAUAUCUUUAAACAUAGUAUCCAUUCUCUAAAGCAGUUCUGUGUAAUCAAGCCUUUUAAAAUCUAGUAAUCCGUAGACCUUGACGACGUUCCUGACGCAAAGCCUGUUCCAAAAGAUAGUCAGCAGCAACACUGCACCUCCAUUGAAACGCCAUAUUUCGGCUGCAGCACAUGUAUAUAACUACAUCUUAUUCAAUACUGGAAAAUAUCAAUUGAAAGAAAUUGACUAUUUUGCCCAGUAUUAGCGGUGCUAUGUAUUGUCUGUGCUUAUUAGAGUAUCAGUGCAUGCAAACAAGUCUAUAACAAAUUUUCACCUGCGCGUAUACCAUUGAAGUCGAAUCGCUCAUGAAGUUAGAUUGAUUCAUAUGUCACCGUACGCCUGAAGUGUCGACCGUUUCGAUGUGAAAACCCUGGAUUAUUGCCACUUGAGCACUGGAGAUUGUCCCUGUACGCAUACUCUAGUGUACACUUAAAAGCCGAAGUAUGCUUUGAGCUGACUAUAGAUUGGAACAGAGCUGUAGAGAAAGACAAAACAUGCUUUAGCGAGAUUGAUCACGCACCGGCUGGAAGUUCACACCGAGAACAAUAUCUAUAUCUACACACCAGAGACUUACAAGUGGGCAUAGCCAAAGCUCACAUUGCAGCUGCCCACAAGCACCACUAAACAUCACGUUUCUUGGAGGCUGAACUCACUGACACCAGAAUCCUGUCUCAUGCACCGACCCUGACCACGUGCUGCUUCAGAUUAAGGCAGAAGAUAUAAGAGAUAUAAGGGCACUCUUCGUCUCACCAGCACGUCAGUACCAGACUUCAGUCAUGCUUGCUGUACAGAGGUUUCAGGCAGCAUUGCUAACAGUCUUCCAUCAUGUGCCAUCGGUGCGUUUGCACGUACAUUUCUCUACGGCUAAAUGCACUGUAAAUAGCAGCGGGGCACAGCGUACUCACAUGUCAGGUGGAACCUAAAGGUUCGCGUGGCUUGCCUUGCGGGUCAGCAUGCUCUAAUUCAGAGCUAGUACGAAAAUAGAGCAUGAGAAAGCAUUCGUGCCAGAGGAACAUCGGAACUGUGCAAGUUCGGUUACGCAUUUUUUUCAUUUUACAGACCAAGUGGGAAAACCUCCCAAGUGAUCUUCUGUAGUGCGUGACCAUGGACCACAAAACCAGUUAACCAGAGUCCAUCCAUAAUCUGAAAGCUGAACUUUCCAUUGAUUUGUUGUUUUUAAAUUGCAAAAAAAAUCGAAAUACUAGAAAAUCGCCUUUAAAGCUG